AUAAGUCUUGAUGUAUUGCAGCUUAUGCGUUGAAAAAAAGAAGGACAAUAUAUUUUUUCAAGGAACUAACAACUUUCGAACCAGUACCCUUAUGCGCCAUGAGACAUCUGCUGACCACAAGCUUGCCAUACAAGAAACGUCGGAGGCAGCUCAAGCUAAACAGGCUUUUUGCAGAGCUUUAGAAGGUAAAGAUGGAGCAAUCAUGUCAGCAAUGAAGUCCGUGUACUGGCUAGUUCAAGAGGGCAUAGCAAUUCGAAAGUUUGGAAGCCUAAUAGAGUUGCUACGGCACCUGGAUUGCCCCAACCUUUCAUACUUAGACCAAGGAGACAAUGCAAAGUAUAAUUCUGAUACAGCAGGGUGGGAUAUGGUUGCUGCUAUUGCUGCCACAGUUGAGGAAGACUUGCUUCAGAAAAUGAAGUCUUCACCAUUUCUAACAAUACUAGCAGACGAGAGCACUGAUAUAACAGUAACAAAAAAGUUGGUUAUAUGUGUCAGACUUUUAGAUGAUAACUUUGUUCCUUCUACCCACUUUGUAGCCGACAUAAAUGUCACAGAUGGCAAGGGUGCCACAGUUGCAGCAGCUAUCAAAGACCAUCUUAAAUCAAAGGAGAUCCCCCUUAGUAAGAUAUAUGGUUUUGGUUCUGAUGGUGCAGCGAGCAUGACCAGCAUGGGAAAUGGAGUUGCAGGCAGACUGCUUGCUGAAAAUCCUGCGAUGGUUCACAUACACUGUAUUGCCCACAGAUUGGCUUUAUGUACUAGCCAGGCAGCAAAUGCUAUAGACUAUAUGAAGGACUAUCAAUCAACUAUUACCAGUAUAUUUUAUUACUUUAAAGCAUCAUCUGUCAGGGUAAACAGAAUCACAGCUAUUCAGGAGCUGCUGGAUGAACCUAUUUUAAAGUGCAAUGAAGUCCAUGAGGUUCGAUGGUUGCCCUACUACAAAGCAAUAGAAACAAUCUACAGGACUUAUGGGUCAUAAGUGUCCUAUAUGUCUGAAAUGGGGGCAAGUGAUGCCAAGGCAAAAGGUUUUGCAAAGAAACUUUCACAAUUCAGUUUUGUUUUUGUCACCCAUAUGCUUUUGUCCAUCCUCAGCAUUGUCACAGAGCUAUGUUUACUCUUCCAAAAGAAAGAUCUUGACCCAGCCUUGGUGGAUGUUAAUGUGAAGCAUGCAUUGAGAGAACUGCAAAAGCACAGGGACCAUGCCACAAGUAGUGAAGGGUUGUCUGGUAAACCUGGCAGCUACAUCGAGGAAUUUCUCCUGAAGGUGGGAACAGGUCAAUGUAAAUUCUUCAGGGACCACCUUCUGACUUGUUGUGCUAAUUAUGAAAAACAAUGCAAGGCAAUUUAGUGUCAAUUUAUUGACAAUCUCAUUAACAACAUAAAUGCCAGAUUUCCCCAGGAUCACUUGGAUAUGGUAACAGCAUUUGGGUAUUUGAGCAUGAGACCACUAAGCUUUUUGUCUGAGUCAGAAAGAGAAAAUUUGGGUUAAGUCCCUAUACAGAAACUUGCUAGCCAUUAUGGUAACAUUAUUGAACAUCAUGGGUCCAAAUCAGUGCCAAUAAUAAUUGAAAAACAAGGUAUGAGUGAAUGGUCUAAACUUGAAGAAUUGGUUUUCAGAAUGGGGUAUGCGAGAGAUGCCACCUGCAAACUGUGGAGCAUUAUCAAAACACACCAUAGUGAAGACUUUCUAGGUAGUUAUCCUCAAUGAAAAUGGCACUGUGUGGGGAAGCAUGUAUCUGAAGUGUGUAAAUCAGCAUCUUAUGCACAUUGGAAAAGUAAGAAAAGUGUUUUAUAACAGAACCACUGAAAAAUUAGUAAAUACAUUUUAAAAAAUCAUCAAGAUAAGAUUACUGCAAGUCUCCUCUUUGGUACAUGUGACUAUCAGAUUAAAAAAAUUAAUUACAAGUUAUUCAAAACUCGGCUGCAAAACUGGUUUGUCAAAUAAAGUGCAACAGUGCACAUCAUAUAACUCCCAUUCUGAAAGGAUUACAAUGGCUGCCAUUGAAGCCAUCCAGCUAGCAGUCUCGGUUGUCCCGCUAUGUUCUGGAAGUUUCAGUUGUCCUGCCAUGAUGCUGGCAGUCACAC